GCUGUUCUAUUGUCGACAAUAAAGCAAAGGAAAGUAAAAUAUCAAUUUCUCAAUUUGUUACUAUUUCAAAGAGCUCAAUACAUACUUUACGUCUACCAAAUUUGAUACAGCGUAAGCCAAGAAAAUAAACCUACACAAAACAAAAUGGUUACCAUUACCCUCAGCCCUGAUUACGGGUAUGUACCCCCCUCUUCCCUAGUCCAAUUACCAUCCAUCCAUCAUCCCACACACUCCCAACCAAAACCCAAAACCCAACUAACCCUCUCACCAUUCUAGCUACGUAAUCCUCGCCGCAACCUCCACCUUCAUCCUCAAUACCAUCCACGGCUUCAACACCGGAUCGCACCGCAAAGCAGCGCAAAUCGACUAUCCAGCCGCAUACGCACCGUCAUCACGAACAGACGAAGCAGCCUACCGAUUCAACUGCGCUCAACGCUCCCAUGCGAAUUUCACCGAGAACCAUACCAUAGCCGUCACAGCGCUCUUGAUUUCCGGACUGCAGUUUCCAAAGACAGCGGCGGUCUUCGGCGGUGCGUGGACGUUUUUUAGAUGGAUGUAUAUGAGGGGUUAUAGUCAGGGUGGGGAGAAGGGAAAGGGAAGAUAUAAGGGGAUCUAUUAUUGGUUUUUUCAGACCGGGUUGAUGGGUUUGUGUGGGUAUAUGGGUGUGCAGAUGGUUUUGGAGGGGAUGAAGUAAGUGAGGGUGAAUGUGGGUCAGAGAGGGAGGCGGGAGAGGAGAGUAUAGAACUGAUUGA